GUAUUGAUAUGGAAACUUUUCUUGGCAAAGCCCAAAGUUUGAUUGCUGAGUUUGGUACACUCAUGCCUAUUGGUGGUACACCCGCAGAGCAACUUACCCAACGAGAGAAAUUCUUUGUCAUACUUCUCUUAACCAAAUUAGGUCCAGAAUUUGAAAGCAUCCGGAAUCAAGUUCUUGGAAGCAACAUUGUCCCGGGGACCACCGAGUUGUUCAAACGGCUCUUGCAGGUCACCUCCAUUCCGGGUACUCACACAUCCACUACCGAACAAUCUGCUCUAGUCACACAAGGAGGUCGUGGACGAACUAACAAUCGUGGUGGACAGAAAAACACUAGAGUGUGUGAUUAUUGUAAUAGAACUGGGCACACACGAGAUCAGUGUUGGAAACUUCAUGGGAGACCGGUACGUACGCAAGCAAGUGUUGCUCAAUCUCAACCUGGGGAACCAAAUUCUCGAACCAUUUCCGCUGCUGAGUAUGAAGAGUUUGUUCGAUUUAAAGCCACUCCCAAAGCUUCUGGUUUAACUCCUGCAGCCUACACUGAUGGAACUCAUACUGCCCUUGUAUCACAAUCUGGCCUGAGCGGACCAUGGGUUAUUGAUUCAGGUGCCUCUGAGCAUAUCUCUGGACCGUCGUUCGGGGAAGAUGAUUGGCUCGGGGUAUGAAUCAGAAGGACUUUAUCGAUUAUCUACCCCAAACCCUUCUACAGUUUGCACUGCUACCAUUCCUCCUUCCCUUGCCCAUGACCGACUAGGACAUCCUAGCCUUAAAAAAUUACGGCGACUUGUCCCUAGUUUGUCUCACUUAUCUACCCUAGAGUGUGAAGCCUGUCAGCUU